AGAGGACCCUGCCCUCAGCUGCAUCCUCGUCCAUGAAGGCCGGAAACGAUAGCCCUUUUGCGAGCAGCAGGCGUGUUGUGAUAACUCACUGAGCCCGGCGCAUCCGGCGAGGCAGGAAGGAGCCAGGCAGGAGGAAAUAUUAAAUAGAGCAAUAUAAACACCCGCUGGGGGGUUGCACCACCAGCACGCCCCACCCCGCCAGCCAAAGGGCCGGCCCCGCUGCCCGGGGCCACAGAGCGCCGGCGGCAUGGACAAGAGCAGCUACGCCAUGGCCAAGCUGGGCCUGGACGCCAAGAGCUCGCUGGCGCCCAAGAGGGACUGCAGCUUCUACAUGAAGUACUUCUUCCUCUUCGCCUCCCUCAUCCAGUUCCUCAUCAUCCUGGGCCUCGUGCUCUUCAUGAUCUACGGCAACGCGCACAGCGGCACCGCCACUCACGUGCAGCACCUGGAGCACCGGGUCCAAGAGCAGUUCGCCCGGGCCACCGAGCUGAGCGCCACGAACCGCAACCUCACACUGCAGCUCAACGCCACCGCCAAGCAGCGCCAGGCCUGCCUGGGCAGCUUGGCGGGCUUGCGGGCCGAGCUCACCAAGUGCAAUGCCAGCCUGCUGCCCUGCGCCACCACCAAGCUCCAGCUCCAGGCCACCAUAGGCACCGUUGAUUACUUCCAGGGGCUGGCCGCCCGUUAUCACCAGGCCCUGGAGAUUGCCAACGUCACCUGCUACGCCGAGAAGCUGACCCUGCGGGACCUCCUGGCGCAGCAGGCACUGCAGCUGCACUCACAGCGCGAGAACUGCUCCCGGGACACGGUGCAGCUGCAAGACAAGGCCCGAGCGGCCCAGGAGACGAACAGCAUCUGCCAGAAGGAGAAGCAGAGCCUGCGGCUGGAGCACAGCGAGAUGCGAGGGCAGCUGGGGCAGGUGCACGGCAGGUGCGGCAGGCUGGAGCAGGAGGUGCGGGACGCCGUGAGCGGCGUGCAGCAGGUGCUGAAGGAAGCCACCGGCUAUGGGAUGCGCCCCACCCAGGCCUGCGACCAGGUGAGCAUGCAGCUCCAACAAGUGCUGGGCACGGUGGAGCGGGAUCUGCGGGCGAUACGCAGUGAGAACCGGCAGCUGGGCAGCGACAAGGACCGCUGCGGCGAGAGCCUCAACCAGUGCACGAGGCUGCAGGACACCGAGCGGGAAAAGGCCAGACAGGAGCUGCAGCAGAUCCAGGCCCAGUGCAAGAACGAGGAGCAGCGGAGGCUGGAGGAGCGGAAGCAGCUGCUGCAGGAGAAGGAGAGCCUCAACCAGCAGCUGCAGGAGAGCCGCAAGCAGCUGGCCCAGAGCAAGGACCUGCGGACCCAGCUGGACAACUGCCUGCGGUUCAAGCCCGCGACCCCGCCGCAGAGGAACCCCAACCCCUUUGGGAACGUCGGCUCGCUGGGCAACCCCGGGGUCUUUGGGAACCCAGCAACGUCCUUCCGCAGCGUGGGGGCGGUGCCGACCUUUGGGAACAUGCCCAACCUUGCCUUGCUGGAUGAAAUAAGGCGGAAGAUGAUGGAGGAGGCCAAGCUGUCAAACCAGUUACCCAAGAACCCCCCAGCCGCGGGGCAGCCCAGCGGCUAAGCGCGGCCAGGCAGGGCCAGGAGCUGGCAGGGCCGGAGGACACAGCGGAGCCAAGACGCGGCGGCCACCACCGGGGAGACGCGGCCGGCGCGUGGCCUGGGACCUCACGUGCACGGGGACGCCCGGCACAUCCACCCGCUCCCACGGCCCUGGGAGCACACGGCCAGGCACCACCUGCCCCAGCCCCCUGCUCCACCUUGCUCCCCACAGGGGCUGGGCGUGCCGCCCAGGCACAGCCCCCACGCUGCCCCCUCC